AUCUGUGAGUUGCCAACAAAUGCACAUUCCUGGAAAGGCUGCACCUCACAUCCAAGUUGGAGGGGCUGAAGAGUAGAUCUCUUUGUUGCAACAUCACCAGAAUCAAUUCUGGUUUCUAAGAAGUUUAUCUUUUCCCCUCAAAAUGGGAGAGCCAGCGACCCUCCCCCCUUUCAAUGAAGCCUACCACAACUUGACGGAACUCUUGUACGCCUUCAACUACACAUUAGAAAAUUGUCAUUGGGAACUAGAUGAUGGCAUUAAACGGGUCUUUCUCUUUGUUCUCUAUCUCAUCAUCUUUGUGGUGGGAUUGGUGGAGAAUCUCUUGGUCAUAUGGGUCAACUGGCAGACCCGAAACCACCGGAACUUGGUCAACCUAUACAUUUUCAACAUGGCCCUUGCAGACCUGGGGGUGGUCCUCUCCUUACCAGUCUGGAUGUUGGAAGUCGUGCUUGAUUACACGUGGCUUUGGGGAGAUUUCCUCUGUCGCUUCACCCACUAUUUUUACUUUGCCAACAUGUACAGCAGUAUUUUCUUUCUCACCUGCCUCAGCAUUGAUCGGUAUGUGUCCCUGACAACUUCCUCCCACUUCUGGCACGAACGCCAACAUUGUGUGCGACGGAUCACCUGCUGCUGCAUAUGGGCCUUUGCUGCCAUCCUCCCUUUGCCAGAAGUGGUACACAUGGAGUUAAUCGAGAGCAUUGAACCAGUGUGUUUCUUUAUGGCCCCUCUGGAGAGCUACAACGAGUGGGCCCUCGGUCUCAACCUCCUUGUUGCCAUAAUUGGGUUCAUUAUCCCAUUCUUCAUCAUGGCAGUCUUCAACAUACUGACCGCCAGACACAUAAAGCGUUGUGACAAGCCAGAGAGCAGAAAAAACUGCUACCUCAUCUAUGCUUACAUAAUUGUCUUCUUGAUCAGUUGGCUGCCUUUCCACGUAAUUUUGCUAAUCCUCACCAUUGAGGGGACAAGCGUGUUCCUCCACUGCUCUGUAGUUGAGUUCCUGUACUUCUUCUACGACAUCGUAGACUGUUUCAGCCUUCUCCAUUGUGUGGUCAAUCCCAUCCUGUACAACUUCCUGAGCAAGAACUUCCAAGGAAAGCUUAUCUCUGCUGUGGUUCGAUACAUUCCCAAAAACCAGAUGGAGCAGGACAAAGAUGGCUCUUCCUCCAACACCCAACACUCGGUAGUCAUCGUGCAAGACAAGGCAGCUUAAACAGCUUUUCUGAUUUUGGGGUCAUCGUCAUAAGAAUGUGUUUGCAAUUUUUCUCUCUUAUCAGCAAAGGAUAGGCUUAAUUAGGAUACCUGUUGGUGCCUAUGUUUUUUUACAAUUUAAAAAGAAGGGCAAUAUGGGUAAAAAUGAGGUAGGGAAGAUGAUAACGUGCUGCUGUGUCAAACUGACUAGCCUUAAUCAACCAAAAUCUAACAUUGCUAUUAGUCCUCAGCUACUUUUCAUCUUGAAACUUGCAAUGAAAAAAAAACUCUCUUUUUUUGCCGCUUUGGCAUUUUACUGUGGAAAAGAGAUGUAUUUCUCUUAAUUUCUUCUAAUGUGAGCAGUUCUUGUAUGAAAAUACUAUUCUGAAAACUUAAUGCUGAGCAGCUGGUUAAACAGAAUUGCUAGGCAGAGCAACUUAUAGCUGAAGCACUUGUAAAUAUAGCUCCAGCCUAGAAGCUAAAGAACUAAAAUGAUCUGUGAAGAUAAAACAGAGUGCAGCCCUAUUUUAAUGUGAACUUUCAAUUAGUUGUCUCUUGGAACCGGGAUACUAACAAUUCGAUCCUAGCAAUUCCUACAUAGGUCUUUUUAGUCCAAACCACUAACAUUUGCCUAACUUAUACCCAGUGAAAAUGUGAAUUUAGGAAAAUGUGAAAAGAAUAUUUCUAGGCAAUUACACCACAGGUGAUUCUAGAAUUUCUCCCUCCUGAGAGAAUCCACAUCACCCUGAAUUCUUUCAUUGUGUUAAAAAUUCCAAACUAGAUUCUGGGGCAGUGAAGGCUAGCCUUUUUGUAAAGGCGUGCCAAAAUUGUGUGUGUGCGUGCUAUUGCA